CAAAAAGACGAAAAGCAAAAUCAAGAGCUGCUUUGUGUUUGUUGUUGCUGCCAGCAAAAUUCUACUUUAAAAACAAAAAGUUCACAAACACCCGUUAUUAAAAUACCCACAGCUUGAAUCAUGGAUCGUUUGCUACGUUUAGGCGGCGCUAUGCCACAGGCUGCACCCCCAACAGAUGCGCCCGUCGUGGACACCGCCGAGCAGGUGUACAUAUCAUCUCUGGCGCUCUUGAAGAUGCUCAAGCACGGUCGCGCUGGAGUGCCCAUGGAAGUGAUGGGCUUGAUGCUGGGCGAGUUUGUCGACGAUUACACGGUGCAGGUUAUCGACGUGUUCGCUAUGCCACAAACGGGCACGGGAGUCAGUGUGGAGGCCGUUGAUCCCGUGUUUCAGGCCAAGAUGUUGGACAUGUUGAAGCAAACAGGCCGACCAGAAAUGGUUGUCGGCUGGUACCAUUCGCAUCCGGGCUUCGGAUGCUGGUUGUCCGGCGUGGAUAUCAACACCCAGCAAUCCUUCGAGGCGCUGUCCGAGCGCGCCGUGGCCGUUGUCGUCGAUCCCAUACAAUCGGUCAAGGGUAAAGUGGUCAUCGAUGCCUUCCGCCUGAUCAACCCGAAUAUGUUGGUGCUCGGACAGGAGCCCAGGCAGACCACCUCGAAUUUGGGCCAUUUGCAGAAACCGUCGGUGCAGGCACUGAUCCAUGGCCUGAAUCGUCAUUAUUAUUCCAUCAGCAUUAACUAUCGCAAAAACGAGCUGGAACAGAAAAUGCUCUUGAACUUGCACAAAAAGUCCUGGAAAGAUGGUCUCACACUGGCCGACUACAAUGAGCACUGCUCCAUUAAUGAGGAUACAGUCGCCGAAAUGCUUGAUUUGGCCAAGAACUAUAAUAAGUCUCUCGAGGACGAAGAGAAAAUGACGCCCGAGCAGCUGGCGAUUAAGAAUGUGGGAAAACAGGACCCGAAACGGCAUUUGGAGGAGAAAGUGGAUAAGGUCAUGCAAAACAAUAUUGUACAGUGCUUAGGAGCUAUGUUGGACACCAUUGUCUUUAAAUAAAAAUUGCAUUUGCUGUUCUAGAGCAUAAAAACAA